AGCCGUCGUUGGCCUCAGGUUGAGUAUCAGGAAUAGAUACGCUGAUUCCUUCAUUGGGAAGACAUAGAGCACCUUUAGAUAUCUUUUAUUACUAUUACUUCAUCGUUUACAUUCACACGUAUUAUUCUACUAUCACUUUUCGUGUAGUUUCCGCAAUAAACAUUACGUUAGCCCACGCUUGACCUACGCAGUCCUAUCCCUCUCUCUCUCAUUUGCUGUUGCUUUCAUUCAGCGGCGCUCACGCUCAGCCGAGAACGUCCGGAGGUGAAAGGUGCUUCUCGUGGCACCCCAAAAAUGCGAGUCGCCGCCACCGCAGCUGGUGCUGCUGCCGUUGGAAAUGGAACUGCUCCAGGUGCCACGCCGUCUCCUCAUCACAAAAACCUUCCCGAGGCGAUUUCGCUCACCAACACGCCCGGCUACAUCCUCAGCAGCGACGCCAGCGCCACGGAGGACAUUGGCGUUGUCUGGGAUGCCUCUCCCUUCUCCUCUAUCAGCCCCUCUCAGGUGUCCGCCGAGGGCUACGGUGCGAGUCACGAGGUCCGCCAUGAACGCCAACAAGGCAAACCACACGAGGAGGAGAGAAAGCCCGAGACAUCGAAAGUAGGAAUGCGGACACACACGGGCGACGAUUCUGUGAGCACCACCACAGGCCUUCCCUCUCCCCACACGCGGACCGCAAAGCGAGAGAAGGAACAGAAGCGAGCGCCACCCACUGCACCUGAGGGUGUGUCGCCGUCGGCAACGUCGAGCAUUGCCCGAUCGCUCUCCGCGCCGAUCCCACGCCCAGCUACAACACCCAGUGUCCCACUCACUGUGGCGACGGGUAGCAGCGACAAGGACGCAGCGUCCACUAUGUCUCCGUUUAAGCCGCUACACAACGAUUUCGCGCGUCCGCCAUCGGAUCUUUUAUCGCUGCGCACCUCAAAUGCAGCCACUACGCAGCCUUCCUCAACCAGUCCCACGCAGCUGUCUCCCGCGAAAAAAGGAAGAGAAGCGAAGAAGGACUCUCCUGAGCACAAUCACAGUGACGUGAGCUCUCUGGCGCGGUCCAACCCCCACCUCACCGUGCUGGCGGACCUCCUGAACCACAAGGUGUUCACGGAGGAGGACGUACUGCUGGAGCUGGAGGCCAUCCGCAAACGUGCCCUCCUCACCACCGCCCCUUUCAACAGGCACCUUCUUCCCAUCCUGGCGUGGUACCUCCUGCGCGACAAGUUCGGCGAGGCCGCCGCCACCCGCUACGUCGCCUUCCUGACGUGUCCGCCCGGUACACCACGACCGGACGGUGCGGUGAACACGACGAACCACAUCGCGUCCUUCUUGCCUCGUGUGAAUGACGUGCGACGGGAGCGGAGGGCGACGAAGGAGCAGCUGCGGAAGAGCCCCACGCAUCACUACACUAUUACCCCGCCACGCUCGCCGACGGAGGCGGGCAGCCUGUCGAAGCGGGGGCGGCGCUGCACGCCCGUCUACGACGUACUGGCAGACGCCUCAGAUAUUCCGUCCGCCUGGGUGGCGAGUCCACGCACACCUACCUCCCCGCCGUUGUCUCCACGGGAUCGCCUGCGCCUCUACACGCGCGAGCAAGCAGUUAUGGACCGUCAGCAGGCGAAAGCGGAGGAUCGCACCGUUGUGGACGUCGUGCUGGACGCGGCUGAGACAAACACGCAGGCGAAGAAUGUGUACACGGUGGUGGCCGCUUCGGUGAGCUACAACGUGCUGCAGGAGCCCUCUGUCUUCCAGCCACCACAGCCACCACCACCAGUUCCUCCAACAGCGGCGGGCGCGAGAGGCGCGGCAGCAAACACAACGGACGAAGAGACGGCAGCGGGUCCGCAGCGCGGGGUACAUGCCAAUUCCACCCCGACACCCGACCGCCACCACGAUGACGGAGAUGGACUGCUGCACGGACUGCCGAGCACCCCUGCUGUCAGCGCUGUCGGCAUGAUCGCAGAAGAAGGCCUCAGCACCUUUUACCACGACGGUCCUGCCGAGUCGCCCGGGACGGCGCCUGCGUGUGUGCGCACGGGGAAGGCACCACAAAAACAGCACAACAAGGGCAAGGUGCCGCGCGGACCGCAGCUUCAGAAGAGCGGGACGGUGGUGGGCGGCACUCCAGACCUGUCCGACAUCCCCUGCGUGCUGGACCACGGAAUGAGCGCGCAGACGGACUCCCAUCCAGACAGCAGCAGCACUGCAUCGGCGGAGGGUCCCUCCUCGCGUCCCGAAGCCCCCGCCACCGACACUCAGAGCGGCAGGCGUGCACACGCUGACAACGUAAAGCAGCGCCUACCGGCCGGAGUGAACGCCGCCAAGGCUCGCGAGGCAGGCCUUCUGGUGUUUUCCGCUGCGGAAGGUUCUGUUACGGCUGUGUCUUCCCGGCAUGCCAGCGACACACAGAACAGCUCCGCAAACCCGUACUACGAGAACUCGGACUUCUGUCUUCUUCGGCCAACAUCCCGACAACAGACGCAUGACCAGAAGGCGGGCAGCGACGCCGGGUUUGUGAAGGAGCCAAAGCAGUACUCGGUGCUGGACUCAUCCGCCAGCCGCACGGCCACCACCGAUGCCUACUACUCCAUGCUCCCGGAUACUUCCGUGGCGACCCAGAAGCCCAUUUCCUCCCCUACCACGCCCUCGGGGGACAAGAAGGCAUUCGACCGAGAGCGCAGCAAAGAGCUGCUGAGCUCCACAAAGACUUUUGGUGCUGCAACGGAGGAAGCUACACAGAUGAACUCAAGCUACGGUAGUCUCCUUCCAGGUGGCAGCACGCUGAUGAAGACAGGAACAGCCGAAGAGGCGGAGGCGAGGAUGACAACCAUGAACGCAGAGACAAGCAUCAGUGCUUGUGACUCCACGGCAGCCUCGCAGCUCCGCCCACCUUCCCUCGUUGCGAGUCGAAACAUCAGCUCUGAACAGAGGAAGAGCGGUGAGAUGUCCACAGCACUCUUCAGCAUGUUCGAGCAGGACGACAACAACAGCAACGUCGGAAGCAUCGAGACACGUGCCGUUGCAACGCAGAACAGUGUGCCCUACAGCGCCUUUCUCAGGGAGUCGCAAAGCGGUGCGAGUACCACGCGGCGCAGUCCUUCACCUGCCUACAGUCAGUUUGCAAGCGAACCAAGCAGGAGUGCCUUGACAAACGACACCACAGCCACUUCGCAGAGCAACGUGGAGUCGGGUAUUCGAAGUGGUAUCGCGUUUGGUAGCCUAGUGGAACGAAGUGAGCUGCCGAUGACAAAACGGGCCUCUUCUGCUCGUCCUUGCCCACCAGGCCGCCCAACAACAGCAAACGAACCCUCUGCUAUUGCCUUCAGCGGAAUGACGUCGGCAAGUGAGAGCGCGCACAGACGAAGCCGUCUUUCUCGGGCAUCCGCGCCGUCCAUCAUGGGGAACCUCUCAGAGACCCACAGUCGCGGUGGAAGCAACUACGGCAGCUUGAUGGACACCUCUCACACCCCUCUGUCAUCGCCGCGCUGCCAUUCCCGCCAUCCGUCGCAUUCCUCGCGCAAACCUUCCUCGACAGGGGCCUCCGUCAGCCGAAGCCUUUUGGGCCACUUCCGCGACAGCUUGCACCGCAACACCCCUUCUUCUCUGGAGGACGAAAUAUCGGAGAAUUACGGCAGCAUGAUGGGGGCCAGCGCGCAGAACAGCGUCGCGGCGGACCGGUCGAGCGCGGGUGCUGCCUCGCACGGCGGCUACAGCGCGCUCGACGCCAGCGCAGGCGCGCAGCAGUCCUCCGUCGGCGGUCGCACCGGCGGCUACGGCAGCAUGAUGGGGGCCAGCGCGCAGAACAGCGUCGCGGCGGACCGGUCGAGCGCGGGUGCUGCCUCGCACGGCGGCUACAGCGUCCUGGAGCCUCAAAGCACGGAGAUGAGGACCACCACGCAACGUAACGCCACCGCUUAUCCGAGUGUUCGCUCCAGUGUUGCACCGCCUGAGGAAAUGGCCGUCUCUGCCAACCCAAGAGACUACUCUCUUCACUACUCGACGUCGGAGAGUGGGGUGGACAGUUCAGUGGUGGACCCCGUGGCCUUGCAAGCGAUGUUAAAGCGGCUGGAGCGGCCGGUUUCUGGAUUGCGAGAGAACACCGCCUGCACCUUUGGGGAGGAGGGCUGCCGCUGCGCGUUGGGAGGUCGUCCCGUUCACACUGUGCUGUGCGUGCCGUCACCGAAGAAAAUGAUGGGCACCGACUCCUCCUCUGUAGAGAGUAUCACUGACGCUGCCAAUUCUGCCGCGGCUGCAAAGCCUGAUGGGCCAACCCCGGCAGUGAAGGCGCCGCGUUCUCCCGUCCCUGUCGCUCCUUUGCGGCAGCGCGACAUCAACGCGCUGUCACUCUCGCGCGACGCGGCAGAAAAGAAGCGGCAUGCUCUACCGCUGUGCGGCGGUGCUCGUGUGGACAGCACACCGCUUCGCAAAGGCAUCGGGUUUCAGAGGCACGGCUCACCGCGGCAGUCGGGCAGCAAUCCGUCGCCCACCGGCAGCGGUAGGCCGUCCGACCCCGGUGACUCUUCGAAACUGCACAGUGCGGGGGGUACGCCACUCCCGAAUCGCCGCUCGAACGCUAGUCCCAAUGGAAACGCCUCUCUUCUCGACGCAGGCGGGCAGGCCGGCCACGUCACCAUCCUCAGCGACCCACGCAGCAGCAGCAGCGUAUCGAUGCACAACGUGCCGGAUCUUUCUGCGCAGCUGGAGAAGGAGGAACACAACGGCAUGCGUCAACUACACACGCGGCAACAGCCACAGCCCAAUCAGAGGCUACACCCAAGCACUUCGGGAGAGGUGGACUAUCCUCGUGACUUCCCUUUCAUGGCGCCGGUGUCCAUCCUCAAUACCUCCGCGGCCGCGGCCAGCCGGCUGUGCGACGCCCGUUUGUCACUCGCUGCUGCCGACGAGCCAUCCACAACGGGGAAGAAGAAAGCGACGGGCGCGGCCGAUGGGGUAAGUGUGGUGGGCGGUCUCAGUGUUUUUGUCGAGGCAGGUGUGCUUGAAACACAGGAGGUGUACGAUCAAGCGGAUGCCAGUGGAGACAAGGAAAAGAAUGGGCCGCUGCGGGUGCCGGAUGAGACGAAAAGUCCGUCGCUUCACGGACGUGCUCGUGGCGGAGGAGGAGUGACAAAUGACUUCACAGUCGUGGCGCCCACGAGCCGUGUCAUGACGCCCGUUGCUCAGCAGGUCGACAGCCGUGCGGAGAGGCUGCUGAGCCCCGAGGUGCACGCGAAGCACGCCAACUUGGCGACGAUACUCGCCAGUUCGAGAUUGGAGGGGAGUAACAUCAUCGACGGGCACACGACUAGUGAGGAGCGCCCAUCGCAUGUGGCGGGUGCCGCGACAGUGAAGCGCACGUCGGGUAGCGCCACCCUGCAGCAGCAUCCCGCGUCUCACGGUCGUGGUAACGCACUGAAUGCAAGCGCGUCUUCUGCGUUGUCGUCUUCUUCCUCUUCAUCUUCAUAUAACUCAUCUGCAGACGACACCACAGUGUCCACGGACUCAUCAUCCGUAGAAGACACACACCCAGAGCAGUCCACCAACCCGGCGACUUCGCAGGAGGUGAGCAGCGUCAUGGCAGUGACGGCCCCGCGCCGACGGGUGUUGAUGCAGCCGCAGCCAACCGCGCCGGAGCUGCCCCAACAGCGGGAACUGCGCCAGCGUCACCGCACCAUUCUGGACGUCCCGGGCGUGCCGUACGUGGAGUCGCCGGACAUCUCCACCCACAUCGAUAAAGCAGAAGCGCACAGGAAGGAGAAGAAGCAUGAAGCGUUUGUUGUCGCCUGGGCGCGGCGGGGGUUGAUGUGGCAGCGGCAGGAGAAGGCGGCACAGCUGCGCGCGGAGUCCCUGGCGAUGGCGAAGGAGAUGCCGGAUGGGUCGAUGCCUCAGCAGCCGCCCAAUCGGAGAGCAGCGGGACACACCUCGCCGAAUAGAGGAGCUUCGCCCUAUCGGCAGCAGCAACAGCCACGGAACGGGCAGAGGUAUAACAGACCUGGUCCGGCACCGAUGCCCGGUCGUCCGCCCAUGCACCCCCCGCGCCGCGGUUCGUAA